CCGGAAGUGUGCAGAAGAUUGAAAAGUUUUGAAGUUUUAGUUCUUGAAAAGUUGAUUAUAAUGUUUAAAAAAGCUGCUAGAGCGUACAAGUCAGCGGGACAUGUUGAUCUUGGGAUGAUUAUCUAUUACGAGAAAUGUGUAACAGAAUCCCUGGCAAAAGUUAUAGCUGCUAAAACUGAAGCUAGUAAUGCUUUAUUGAGAUGGGUCAGACACGAAGAUAAUCCAUGGCUAAAGGAGACUGUGGUACGUUUUGCAGAGAGCAAUGCAAUAUGGGCCAGCCUCAACCAAGAUUAUAUAGACCAGUAUGAGGACUACAGGAAAACCUUCAAGGAAAUUCUGCAAGGAGAAAAACAAAUGGAUGAAUU